UGUCUAAUUCAUCUAUUUUAGGAAAAGCAAGAAUCUAUAGUUUAUUAUCAGAUUCAUAAAUUUAACAGAGGUUCAUGUUCCAGCUUCUGAUACCUCUUUACACAACAUGGAGGUAGUGGGGAAUGUCGCUCCUCCUUUCUCAAACGACUGUCUCCGUGGUCGAGCAGGGUGGUCCUUCAAAUCAGAGGAUCGGCGGUUCGAUCCCCGGCUCCGCUACCCAAUGUCGUUGUAAGACACUUAGAACCAUUAAAAAAAAUUCUCAUUCAAGCUUUGCAACCACAAGCUAAAGUUGAGAUACCAGAAUAAACAUGGGUUGCGUCUCAUUAUCUCAGCCUGUGGUCGUUGAUCUCUGAACAGUAUUAUUACAAAACUGAGACGGUGGUGAAGGAGAGUUCUGGGUGUUUUCAGGACUCUCCUUUAUAACCUGGACUCUUAAACCGUGCAGGUUUUUGCAUCCUAACGGCCCAAAAUUGCCGGCGCAUGUUGAGUUUGGCUCCGUGAGCGUCCUGCUGCGUUUCUUUUGGCACACUGGACCAGGCGAGGCUGCAACCCGUCAAGCUCACACACUCAUCACCGCGACGCUAAUUGGAUAACUGCUCCUAAACUAAUCAGGUCUUGGCAUUAGGCUGUUGAAACAUUUAGGGGCUGACAGUUUAAGUGAGUUGCAUGAGAGCCAACGGAAAAACAGAACCAGAUAAAGUGGAGCAGUUUUGUUUAGAUAAGAGGGCGGAAAAAAAUAAACAGAUUGUACCAGGAAGACGGAACAAUCUGGACAACCUCUACUUUCUGCUCCCACCUCCUGUUGCAUAACUCCACACUGACAGGAGGGUCAUUUCCCUUCCUGCGCUCUUCCACUCAAGUGGUUUUCCCUUUUCUCUAGCAUCUGUGUUUUGCAGCUAUAAUGAGUCUGAGGAUCAUCGUUAUUCUGGCGGUGCUAACUGGGGUAACUGGGAGCCCCGGUGUGACCAUCAGGCCUGAAGCUGGCCCCGCGGACGUGACGGCUCAUCCCAACAGCGGAGCAGAGACGCUGGAGGACUCGGAGAUCUACGGACAGCAGGACGUGCCCGAGGAAGAGAAGGCUGAAGAGGAUGUGAUGGCGACUGGAGAGCUGAACCCCAGUCACUACCAAGCUCAGAGGGCAGCCAAAGUGGUCCAACACUACCUCAACACCCACUACGGCUCGCCAUUCAGGCUGUUUGGACUGCACAAGGUCAACAGUGGGAACGCAGAGGAUGUGGCAGACUCUGGAAGAAAGUAUCAGCUGGACAUCUCAGUGCAGGAGAUCAUCAGCAAUACGACAGUGAAAUGCUCUGCAGAGGUUUUCUUUCCGAGCGGAGACCGGCAGCGCUCGCCAGAGGUCCGGGCCUCGUGUGAGGAUCUCCUUAAAGCCAACCUGACGGCACAGGAGGAGGCUUUGUUCCACAAGUACAACAUGAACCAAAGCCUGCUGUCGGCACAGAAUCUCCCUGACAGCUACGGCCACAUCGAGCCCGACAACAAGCCUCUCUGGCACCUCGGCAUCGUGGCCUCCAGCUCCGUCAUGCUGAACGAAUCCACGGAGAACACUCUGUACAACAUGGCUCAGGUAGCCAACAUCACACAGCUGGCGACUGAGAACGAACCUCUGAAGUUUGACUGUCACGUACUGCUGCAUGAGAUGGUUUCUCAGGAAAUCGUCCACUGGAAGCUGCUGUUCACCUGGUCUCCUCCAGAGGGAGUCAGAGUGCUGCAGAUGGAACCGCUGCCUCACUGAAACCAUCAUGGGAAACCUCCCAACACAAACUGAACUGCUGACAUCAUCACAAUGCUAAAACAAAAACAGUGAUGCUCCCAUCUUGUAUUCAAAUAUUGGAGCAUAAAUGCUGCAUGAAAAAGGCCAUCAUAUAAUGAUGAUAUCCGGUUUUCGUGCUGCGUUUGUAGUACUUUUAGUCUUGUAUUUUAGUCAAAAUAAACUGCUUAUAGUUGUU